GGUACCAUCGAGAGUAGUCUCGCUUUCGCCGCGUAUCGUCGAUAUACUUUUCGGGAGAUGCGCAUCAUACGAUAGAUAAAUCGAACGAUGUGACUGGUGGCAAUGAGUGAUAGUAUUUAACCAGUGAAUUGAUACGAGCGAGGAUCGACUUACAGUGUGUCGAUGAGGAUUGACUGGAAAUAACGAAGAAACGUGUGCAUCCGAUCGAACGGAAACCGAAUGACAUCACGUAGAUUCCGAUAAAAAAAAAUGCUCGCAUAGAAAAAUGAUAAAGAGCAAAACAAUUUUUUUUUUGUAACAAAGAAAUAUAAGAAUAAGUCUUAGUAUCUAAAGAACUUUUCUUUUGCAAAAUUGAUUGCUAUCAAGAAGUAGAAAGAUUUCUCUACUUUUUCUAGAAAGUGAAAAUAUUGAAAAUAAACAAUUAUUAAUUUCUGUUUUACAAAAAUUGUUAUCUGUUGUUUUAUUAUUUAUAAUCAAAUAACGUUAAAUGCUAAAGAUGUCGCGCGGGGUAUAAAUGCAUACGCACGGAAUUAAUAAAUUACUUAAUAACAGUGAGAUAUCUAGACUAUAAUUUAUAUAAUGACGUGCGCGACAAAUGUUUCUUUCUAGACUGUAAAUGUUUAAACUAUUCAAGAAGUGAAACUAAUGUGAUAUCCGUCCACAGUUGACAUAUGUGCAAACUAUUAAGCAACCAAAAGUGAAAUGUCAAAUGAUGAAAUGGAACAUUCUGAGAAGAGAAUAAAUAAUUUUAGAAAUAUAUAAAUGUAACUGUAAGAGACGAAUUUCUUGAGGCAAUGAAGAAAAUAUACCUUUAUUAUAUUAUUACAAUUGGACUGACUACCGGUACCGAUUGCUGGCGAAAAAUUCUUUGAAAAAUUUAUGCAAUUAAAAUUAUUAUUCUCAAAGAAUAUACAUUGAUCGAUUUCUUAAAAAUCAAAAUUAAUUAUUCUCGUAAAACAGUAAAGAAUACACUCAUAAUCCAAACAAAAUGUUAUCAAAAAUAAAUUAAUUUAUCAUUACUGAUGAUUUUUAUAGCCAGAGAUGUGUUAAUUAAAUUUUUCGAUUAAUAUAAAGACAUAAGAUGAGAAAUGUGAACAUAUUUGAUCGUACUUUAAAUUAAAUAUAUAGUUUGGAUAAGAGAAGAGAAUCGUGUGCAAAAAGUUAUAGGUGGAGUCGAGAUACGGGUAGUAUAAAUGAAUCGACGAAAGACGUCGAGAAAAAGUUCAAGAAACGGUAGCGCGGCGAAGGCGAGACAGCAACGCGUGCGAAUGAUCGAAAGCGUCAAGUCGCGAUUCUCGUCGUCGAGAUGCCAAGUCUCGAGCUGAUGUUCAUUUAUCCGUGUCUCCGGCAUAACAGUCUCAUUGAUGGCACAGGCGUAAAUAACGCAAUUGAACAUUAAUUCUGAAGAAGAAAGCAAUGUAAAUUAAUCUUUGUAUCGUGAAAAUGCAAACUUUCACAGCACGCUUCUCCAACCAAUGAUUCAUCUGAUUCGUCGCGAGUUUACAAAUUAGAUUACCUGAAAUCACAGAAGUUUCACAGAUCAAACGCGCUUUCAAUCACGCUUUCGCUCUUGAUUGCUUCUCGAUUACACAAUAGCAUUGAGGAACCAAUCGCGACAGGGAAAAUCGCGAUUGAGAAAUCAGAAGCACCUGCAAUUUCAUAGAAUCUUGACAAAUUCAACGCGAUCAAUAAUAAUUAAUUAUUCACCACACUAAUCGAGCUUGAAAUCGACGUAAGAAUCGCCGUUGUUAAAUAUUAAAGUGUCACUGUGACGAUCUCAUCGAGAAUGGGCGUCGAAUGAUCAUUACGAUAGAAGACAAUGUCCUUCUGCAGGAUCACGGGUAGAAGCCGAGGUCUCCCCAGACCGAACUACUUUCCGCUGCUGCCGCCUAUAAGUCCGGCAGACGCGAAGCGAUUCUGUCGCAUCACCGGCAAGUCUUACGGUCUGCCGACUCAUCAUUACAUUCCGGUGCUGUUGGGUGCGCACGCCCACGACAAGUCAAAAUGCAGAAUCACGACAAAUGCGGCGCACCUCGGACCGCACCACUACACCGCCGGUCUGAUCGUCGGCGAAAAGAAGAAGCAUGUGGUGCUGAAAGACUAUCGUUAUGUAUUCCCGAUUUUGGAAGACGAGAACGAGCAGCAGCGCGUCCUGCGAGAGCUUCUCAAUACAAAGCAAACUCCCAUCGACAAAGAGGACAGGUUUGUAUACACGGUGGAGGAGCGAAGAUGCAGUCUCGUGUUCCCGGCGAAGCUAGAGGCCGCCGUCAGAGACGGGGAUGUGAAGGAUGUUAUGCUGUCGCGAGACUGUGAUACCGUUCUGCUACGAUUGAAACAGGGUAAAAACGUGUCUGUAGAUUUCAAAAAUCUGGAGGAUUUUGAAAAUCUCUACGACGGUCUGGGACCGCGAGAAGAGGUGCUGAAAGAACGCGAGAGAUUGGAGACUGAAGCUAGAAAGCGAAAGAGAAAGAAACAGACUGCACUGAAUUACGCGAAGAAGAUUUUCGAGGAAAAGGAGAGAGCGGCCGAUGAAGAAGAGCUUCGGUACACCAAGCAGCUCAAAUUAAGAACCAUCAAGGAAGAAGUGAAAGAAGAGACGGUGGAAAGUUGGAAGCACGUGGACGCGGAACAGGCGAGAUUGAGUUCUUCCGAUGUUGUCAACAUUUCGAAUGCUCUGAAAAAUACAGGGAAGCCUGUCUCCAAAGUGUUAGACUGGAACUCAUUUCAGUGCAAUGUGAAGAAACCACCUGGUGUGCCGGUCAUCGAACAGAUGCCGGCUCCGAUAACAAUCGAGCCGCAGAUUAUAGAUCAAGAACCAAUUUUAUAUGCCAGCCUGAUUUCCGAAUCCGUGGGCGGCUUCGAGGCGAUCGCGAUUCCGAAACCGCUGACACCGUUGAUUGCAAAGCCCGACGCAACGCUGCAGAAUGCAAUUCGAGAUAUCUCGCAAGAUAACCUCAAGGAAUGCGCAAACGUGACGGAAAAGCUUCUUCAGGCUGGAAAACAAGCGUUGGAAUGUCUGCCUCGGGUGGAAGAGGUUGCCGAACUAGUGCAAAACUUGCCUUCUGGUAAAAAAACCACGAAGCAUAACAUCAAGGGUCUCAAGCUGGAUAUCAAGUCGGCGGAGAGAUUCGUCGCCGGCCAAACGGUGCACACGCCAUCCGGCGUUGUCUUCGUGCCCGGACAAACUCUGCAGACGCCUCAAGGUCCCACUUUCGUACCUGGGCUGACUUUUAAUACGCCCGACGGUCCUCUUCUUAUUCCCGGGCAUAUCGUCACCAUAGACGAACCGAACGGCGUGAAAACGCCGGUUUUUAUCGCCGGACAAACUCUGAGAACAGAGCGGGGCGAGUAUUUCGUACCGGGUCAGACAUUUCACACGAGUGACGGAAGCAAGUUCAUUGAAGGUCAGACCGUUUUGACGAAGGAGGGUCCGAAAUUUGUGGCAGGCCAAAUAGCAGCAAACGGUACUUUUGUCGUGGGUCAAACCGUCGCCACUCCGGAUGGAAUCCGUUUCAUGGCGGGUCAAACUGUCGCGAGUCAGUACGGCGAGAUGGUUUUCGUGCCAGGACAAAACGUGCAGAUCGAUAGCAAGUAUGAAUUCAUACCGGGCCAGUGCGUUGAAUCGCCAAACGGCCAAGUCAACUUUGUUCCCGGACAGACAUUGCUGACGACUGAUGGUUUGCAGUUUGUCCCGGGUCAGUACGCGACAACGAAAGCGGGCGAAAGACACUUUGUGCCUGGCAUCACCAAGGAAGUAGAAGAUACGUCGACAUUUAUGCCAGGAAUGACGCUGGAUACCCCGAAAGGCCAGAAGUUUGUCGAAGGUCAGGUGCUCAAGACUCCGGAAGGUGUGAUUUUCUGGCCCGGACAAACUCUCGUCACCGAGAAGGGCUUCGAAUUCAUCGCGGCGAGUAAGUUCGACGAGGUGAUCUUCCGAGACGCUGGACCCGUCGGCAUACCAGUGGACUCGCAGGCCGCAAAUGCAUUCGCUCUCCGGCAACGCGAGAUUUUCGGUCACAUGGUGCAAACCGAGAAGGGCAUCGAAUUUUUUCCGGACAGCGUGAAGAAUUUGCCGGAGAGCAGGAGAAUCGUGCCGGGGCAAUUGGUCAGCGGCGGUAAGGACGGACCGCGCUUUGUACCGGGUGUCAUGACCGAGGAUGGCUUUCUGCCUGGUCAGAUAGUCACGACGGAGAAAGGCGAGGAGUUCGUGCCGGGUCAAGUGAUCGAUACCAGUGGCGGACCCAAGUUUGUGCCCGGUCAGAUAGUGGAAACUCGUGUCGGGCCGAAAUUCGUACCCGGUCAGACGGUCGAUACGGUGGAUGGGCCGCGUUUUGUGCCAGGUCAGAUCGUCGAUACCAAGGUGGGACCGACAUUUAUUCCCGGUCAGGUAAUAUAUACCGAGGAGGAGGGAUCCAGGUUUGUGCCAGGUCAGGUGGUGGACACGCCGGACGGACCGAGGUUCGUGCCCGGUCGCGUGGUGGAGACCGGCGAGGCCGGUGUGACUUUUGUACCCGGUCAGAUCGUACAAACGGAGGAUGGGCCCUGCUUCGUCGCGCCCGAUCUCAUCGACACGCCUGAAGGCGAGCUCGAAUUCUCCGUGCAGGGCUUCGAGGUUACGCCCGAAGAAUUGCGGUUACUACGUCCGCAACACUUGCACUACAAUCCACGCUUUUGUCAUCGCGGCCAGACUAGCAUAGAUGCGAAGAUGUUGCGCGAGCUUUCGGAAGCGGGAUUGUCCGUGGGACGGAAAGUCGCGACGAAUCUGCCAGCAGUGGACGUGGAUGUGGAUCCGAAGGCAGUGGCCUUGGAGCAGGCUCUUGCCGUGGCAACAACAAAGCUGAGUCUGCAAGGCGACACUGCAGUGAAGAUGGCGCAAAUCGUGUCCACGGUAGUGCAAUUGGCAAGAAAUAUAGUUGUACAGCAGCAGCAGCAAUCUGGAGAACGAGAUUUAGAUUCUGUAAACGCAACAAUGCCAUUAACCAACGGCAUCCAUUCCGUCGUGGAAAACGACGAGGAAAGCAAGACGAAUGAUAAAAACACUGUCAAAUCGCUUCGAAAUGCGACAAGAGCGGCGAUAACAGCCGCUGUUCUAACAAUAUCGUGUGACCAACGGGACAAGACAAAGUCAGACAACAAUUCGCUAGAUUUUGUUUACUCUUCUAUCAGUGAGUCUUUCAAUGUACUGCUGCGACAGAGCGAUCAAGACAUCAAUCGAUCCGUAGACGAGAUUCUAAAGAUUCUUCUGAUUCCGCAAAACCGUAGUUCUCUUUGCCAAAGCGUACUGUCGGAAUUAUUGGACACAAAGAAUAACAAAAUAGAUAUACUCAAAUCAACUGUGAAUCCUGGUCAGCUCUUGCAGAAGGAAGCUGUACUCGAUAAAUUAUCGAUGGUCCUCGAGGAAGAGCACGGCACGGAUUUGAUCGGACCAGCUUUCCGGACCGUUUCGAAGAACGAUCCGGAACUGGUAUCGCUCGUUCUGGAGAACGUGUCGCGAUAUGUAGGAGAUGUGGCGACCGAGAAGGAGGCUGCGGAGACGGUGCACAAAGCAAUCGUCGAAGCAGUGCAAGAAUCCAGCGAGAUACGCGUGAAGGAAUUGUUGAGCGUCGAGGGAUCGGACGUGCGCGACAUGUUGCUGCAAGCGGUGGGCUUGGCGCGUGCCCUGGGCAUGUCCGACACGGCGAGCAGCUUGCUGGCCGUGAUUAGCGACGAGCGGUCCACUCGAGCGUUGGCAAACGAUCGAGUGACUAUGGACGUGCUGAAGAGACUUGCGAUCAUGAGGAAACUAGCGGAAGAGCGGCCGUCCUUUAUGAACGCUCUCGGACAAUUAUGCAGCGAUCCGGAACUAGCUAAAGCAGACCCGAGACUGCGAACCCUUGUGAGAGAAAGCGCUGCGCUAAUGAUAGUACCCGAAGAGACACCGUUGUUAUCCUCAGCUGAUGUUCCGACCAUGUUGCUGCACGCCGAUAACAGUCUGGCAAUGGAGGAGUUCCUGUUGAAAAGGAAUCACAAACCAUCGUCUAUUUUUAUGAUUCUGAAGCAGGGUCUGCAGGCGGUCGUGCCGAGAGAAGCCUCCAGGUCGGUGUUGACCGGCCAGGUAGCCUACACCGUUCUCGAUGAGGACGGUAUACAUCACUUUGAACCGCUGCACGUGUUCUCGGCUCUCAGACUGAAUCGUCCAACUGCUCAUCGAUUCUCUAUGUAUUGUUGCCCUGUGGCAAAAGAGAUGGAUUUGGAUAGCGAGCUAAUGUCCACCACCUUUACCGCCACAACUUCAAUCGCCAGCAGCCUGGAUGGCUCCGCUAAUGGUAGUUCCAAUAAACAGGAAAACAACGGCGCCGUAACUCUAUCGAGAUCCGAACAAUCAGCUGUUUUUUGUUCAGCUAACAGGGAAAACACGCCAAGCCUGAAGAGGUUAAACUGCGCUCGGCGAGAUGAAAGCUUCGAGCGGACAUCCUCGGAAAAUUAUGUUGUUGUGAAGGACUACGUAGCGGACGCCGACGGAUUUGUCGUGAACGUCGGUGACAUUGUCGAGGCCAUCGAGCAUGACGGUUCAGCAAAGAAGGCGAGGAUGGAUCCCGAUCUGGAGGUUGAGAUCGGCGAUAUCCUGGAUAAUUCGGCCGCUAAACACAAGCUUUCGAUUCGGCCGCGCCGAAAUCAUGCGGAUCCGCGCGCUCGAAGCAGUUCGAGCAUAGAUUCGGACUCGAGUCUUGAAAGAGUUUACGUUCGUACAAUUGAUGGAAGACAAGGAUGGGUGCCUACAUCCAUUUUAAUGCAAACAGCACUCAGCGAAGAGAGUUCAUUGAUGUCUCGUCCAGAAGAUUCUCAUUAUCGACGAGAAGCUGUCGUAAAAGAGUUAAUCGAAACAGAGGAAGAAUUCGGCAAGGACCUUCAACUAGUUGUCGAACGUUACCUGAACCCUCUCGAUAAUCCUGGCGUACCACGAGCCGUGCGGGACAACAAAGAAAUUAUUUUUACUAAUCUAAAACAAAUUGCUGAUUUUCACAACACAUCGUUCGGCAGGGUGUUGAUCGAGGGUGUCAAGUACUACGCGGAUCAACCACGUAUGCUCGGCAGAACUUUCUUGAGACUGGAGAGAGAUUUUGACAAACACGUGGCAUACUGCAGAGACGAGCCUGCUGCUCAGGAAUUUCUUCAAACGAACAACGAAAUACGCGAAUAUUUCGAGGAGUUAAGUCAAACUCUGGGUGACGACAAGAACAUAUCGGAACAUUUGAAGCUUCCGAUACAACGCAUAAACGACUACCAGCUCCUGCUAAAGGAGCUAGUGAAGUAUUCGACCCGAUUAGGCGAAAACUGCGACGACCUACAAAAGGCGCUUGAGUUGAUGCUAGGAAUCCCUCAUAGGGCAACAGAUAAUAAAUUUAUAAGUAAUAUCGAAGGUUAUAAAGGGAACAUUCACAAACUUGGUAGAUUACUCACUCAUGAAUGGUACACAGUUAUCGAUAAGGAAGGAAAAAGCAAAGAGAGAUAUUUGUUCCUGUUUAAAGCGCGAAUUCUUGUCUGCAAAGUUAGACGGAUAUCAGAGGAUAGAUCAGUUUUCGUCCUAAAAGAUAUUAUUCGAUUACCGGAAAUAGAAGUGAAAGAUCAUCUCGAUGAUAUACGAUCCUUCGAGUUACACAAUCCGACUAUUUCUAAUUAUCCUAUCACUUUGAUAGCUCACAAGGAUUCUGUAAAAGCCUGUUGGCUCAAGGAAAUUCGUCAGUACGCCAGUGAUCUUGUCGCUCUCGCCGAGCACGCAGCAGACGAUCUUCAAGUGACCGAAGAAGCAUCGGAAACUAAGGAAGAGCCCAAGAGCGACGAGAAGCCGGUGCCUGUUAAAAUUGAAUCGUUGCAAGUGAAUCCAGAAUCAACUACAGUUCAGAGUGAUUCGGCGAAAGCGGCGAAAGAAGCGAAGAAGAAUCCCAAUUCAUCAAAGGCAGAUUCAACUAAGGAUUCCACAAAGAUUGUGGAGAAAAGGAAGGACUCCGUAGGCGCGACUGACGUGUCGGAAGUGAAGAAAACUAAAGUCGAGGAAGCAGACAUGUCUCGAAGGUACUCUGCGAGUCGAUAUAGCGCGUCUUCGAAAGUUGUGGAAGAGUAUUCGUCGGUAUCGAGCAAUCGUAAUGGCGUGUCUUCGUAUAUGGAGGCGGGAAUGUCUGCCGUUGAGACGAGGAUGUCUUCGUCAUCGCAAGGAAUGGGUCAAAUAUCGGAAACCACGACUUCCUACGAGGCUGCGAUCGCCGGUGGAUCAGCAACGGAUUCGAAUGUCGAAAGUAAAACAGCCAAAGUUACUCUCAGCACUGACGCUGGCAAACCGGUGUUUAUCAAAACGAUAGAGGGACGCAGCGUAGAACCGAUGCGAUCAAAAAAGGCAUUGAUACACGCCAUAGCUGGAGAAGUCGCUACUUUUGAAUGUACGAUGUUAACUACCGAUGCGACAACUAGGAUGCAAUGGCUGAAGGAUAACAAACCGAUGGAGGACAAGUUGGCUGAUCGCGUCAUUACUUCGAUGACAGACAACACAUGCAAACUUGAAAUUCAGAACGUUCAUGAAUCAGAUUCCGGCAUAUAUAUUGCACGCGCUCUGAAUAUAGACGGCGAAGCAACCUGCACUGCACAACUAGUGGUUCAACAAUUGAGUCCAGAAGAGAAAAAGGCAAGAGCAGAAGCAAAUGGUCCUAUAUUUUUAGUGCGUUUGAAAGAUACCGAACUCCUGGAAAAUACUUACCUUCGUUUUAUGAUUAAAGUUAAAGGAGAUCCUAAUCCGGAAAUAAAAUUCUUUAAGGACGGCGUCCUCAUCGAUGCGAAACACGAACGCGUGAAAAUUAUCCGAGACAACGCUGAGAAGGGAUUUUACGAGAUAGUGAUCGCCGACGUUCAGAAGCAGGAUGCGGGAAAAUACUCGUGCACAGCUAUGAAUCGUUACGGCGAUGCCACAUGCGAGGGAAUAGUGACGGUAACAGACGAGAAGCCGCUUUUCCAAGGGCUUCCGGAAGGUCUUCUGGAACUGGGAACUGAACCGCGUUUUCUUUGGUCGCGCGAUGGACAACCGUUCGAUCCUGAAGAGAGGUUUAAAGUACUUUUUAAAGACAGCGAGGAUACUCUGGCACUGGUGUUCCAGCAUGUGAAACCCGAAGACGCUGGUCUCUAUACGUGCGUGGCGCAGACUAGCACAGGCAAUAUUAGCUGCAGUGCGGAGUUGACAGUGCAAGGUGCUGUGAAUCAGUUGCUGAAGGAUCCGGAAAAGCCAAAACUCCAAACAGAAUCAAAGCAGUCUGAAGUGAAUGUCGGUGGUUCCGCGAUGUUGGAUCUGCAAGUGAAGGGUUAUCCCAAGCCAGACAUCAAGUGGACCAAAGAUGGACAGGAAAUCGUAGCCGGUGGCAGAAUCAAGUACUUAUGGGAAGAUGAGGAGUCUCUCUCGCUGGUAAUCAAACAAGUCACUGCCAAGGACGCCGGUGUCUAUACCAUCACGGCAAAAAAUGAUCUUGGCGAAGAUAGUACACAGAUCGAGCUCAUUGUUAAGUCCGCACCGAAGAUCACAAAGAAACAGUCCGACAUGAUGAUUCUUAUCGACGAGACAGGUACAAUGACCGUGCAGGUGGAAGCCACUCCGGCGCCGGAAGUCACGUGGUAUAAAGAUGGUCAACUAAUUCAGGAAAGUGAUCGUAUUAAAAUCGCGAAGGAGGGCAGCGAAACGUAUAAGUUGGUGAUCAAGAACGCCAAGCUGACUGACGAGGGCUCGUACUCGAUUGUCGCGCGAAACGAUAUCAAUCAGACGACCGAAAUCUGGAGAGUCGGCAUCAAAUGUCCGCCAAAAAUCAAAAAGGGAUUGGGCGAACCGCGAGUGAUCAACGAGAACGACACGUUGAAUCUUUUGAUCGAGGUAGACUCUGACAGCGAGCCGACGGUGAAUUGGUACAAGGACGGGCAGCUUUUAACCGCAAGCGAUCGCGUGAAGAUGACGAAAAAUGGAAACAAUUAUAUACUCACCGUCAGCGGUGCGACGGUGGAAGAUGCGGCGGUUUACAAGGCUGAAGUGAUAAACAAGCAUGGAACAAUUUCAGAUGAAACAAGAGUCAGGGUACGCGGCAUACCGAGGUUUAAGACAAAGCUGUGCGACAUUAGCGCAAAUGAGGGCGAGUUAAACAUUGAGUUUACAGUGGAGGUUGAGGGUUUCCCGAAACCGAGCGUACACUGGUUUCUGGGCGACGUUGAAAUUACGGAAAAGCGCACGGAGUACACCCGUAUAGAAGAAGGCGAUAAUCACAAGCUCAUCAUCAAGGAGGUAAAAACUGAGUUGAAGGGCCACUACACCUGCAAAGUGCAGAACGAGUACGGUGAGAACUCGAGCAGCUCUAAUCUGACGGUGAACACGCGACCGAAAUUACUGAAGAAAUUGGCGGACCAACGGUUGAACGAAGGCGACACGCUAAAGUUGACAUUCGAGGUGUCCGCCACGCCGGAUCCGGAAAUCAAAUGGUACAAGGAUGGCGAGGAGGUGACCGCAGACGCCAGGAUUAAAAUCACCAGGGACAGCCAGCGCAACGAGAGUUACGAUUUAACGGUGACCUUGCUGAAGGGCAGCGACGGUGGCCUAUACGAGGUGCGAGCUGAAAACGAGCUUGGCUAUGUUACCAGCAAAAGCAAAGUUAUUGUGAUGACGGAAGAUGAGAAGGUUGAUGAAAAGUCUCCGAAAAAGAAAGCCGAAAAGGCAACGGUGAAGGGAGAGGAAACGCAAGCGAAGAAAUUGGUGGAGGAACAAUUAUCGCAGCAAACGACCUUGCGCGCCGAAGAAUCGAAAUCAGGAGGUCGUGUCAAACUGGAGAAACAAAACGUUCAAGUAAUUCAAGGGGACAAUGAAACGAUCACGAUUUCCGUGGCCUCCACAACAUCACACGAAGCUAUACUCACAGGUCCCGACGAAAGUCACACAAUCAGCAAGAUGACGGCGACCAAAGUUGAAUGUCGGGAGUUCGAUUCAGGACUCUGUGUUGAAGAAGUCGCUUCUUACGCUUAUACCGUACAAGAAGAGAACUCCAGACCGCAAAAUGGCGUGCUAAUCGAGGAAUUUUCGGAGACCGAGGAAAAGAAAGGAAAUCUGGAUAUUAAUCGAGGUCACGAUUGCGUCACGAUCGUCUCCGUUUCCGAUGACGAAUCAACCUUGAAAGCACUGUCACGGGAUGUCAGUACGGAGGACGUGCAAUUUGUCGAUCAGCUACCGGAAGAUCAAAAAACGACAAAUAGCAUUCUCCAUGAACUUUACUUGGAUGGAACGUCGGAAGGGGAGAGAGUUUUGGAGAACAUUAGGCAUAGAAUCACGGAGACCAUCGCCGAAGAGCUCCUCUCCGAGGAGCCGUCAUCAGUGUCUGUGCAGCGAGAAAGUCUGGAUAUGAAAGAGACGAACGUAUCCAGUCGAAAUCCGACGAUCAGCGACGUGAACCCGACGAGGAAGGUCGCGGAAAAAACCUUCGAGCAAUCGGAUUCUGCCGUGGAAUUAGCGAAGGAAACCGCGAAGCUUGAAAAGACGAAAACUUGGAUAUCGUCGAGCGAAACACUGUCGAGACAGAACUCUCAGAAGGCGCAGCUCGACAAUGACGACAACGAGGAGAUUGAUGAGGAGAUGAGGGAUCUCUUAGCUCGUGUUAAACGGCAACGUAGCGUGUUAGAUGAAAUCCUCGAUAAAGAAUCGGGCAAAGAGUCAGCUUCGCCUCAUGUCGUAAACACAAAUCUCACCGAUCGAACGAUCUUCGAGACACAGAACACGCAAUUUGAAGUGCACGCCACCGGUUUACCGAGACCAGACGUAAAGUGGCUUAAAGACGGCAAGCCUCUUCGAGCCGGGGGACGGGUAAGGAUUACGACUUCUGGAGAAACCUACGAGAUGGAUAUCAGCAAGGCCACUCUUGAAGACGAGGGUCUCUACAUGUGCGUCCUAACGAACAAAUUGGGCGAAGAAACUGUGGAGGGUUAUUUGACUGUCGGCACCGUCGACGAGCUCCGGCAACCGAGAUUCACCGAAUCUCUCAGUGACGUCGAUGUCGCUCUCGAAGGUGACGGCGAGUUCAAGGCCGUCUUUACAGCCGAUCCGGUUCCAGACAUUACAUGGUACUAUAAAAGUAAUGAAAUUCCGCCUGAUGAUUCGAGACUUAAAUGGACUAUUACGAAUGGCCCGGCGGCAGAUAAAUUGACAGAAAGUAAAAUUACAUUGAAAGUACCAAAAUGUACCAAAGAAGAUACUGGAGAAUACAUCUUGAAAUUAAAAAAUAAAUGGGGUAAUGCAGAGUGUAAUGCAUUUUUGAGCCUUUUAUUAAAACCAGAAAUUGAGAGCUUUAGAGAUCACAGUGAAUCUGUUGAUGAACGAGUUGAGUGGCAAGCUAUUAUUAAGGGAAAUCCAAAACCGGAGAUUACAUGGCUGAAUGAUGACACGGUGCUGCGUAAGGAUGAAUACUAUGAUAUGGAAGAAGAUAAGAGAAACUGCAAAUACAAACUCAUCAUUAAAAAACUCAGUCUAGAAGAUAAGGGAACUUAUACAGUUGUGGCGAAGAAUUAUUUGGGCGAAACAAGUGCCCAAGCUACUCUUACGCCUCACACCGAAGCUCCAACCUUCCUCAAGAAUCUGUCAAAGGUGCAAUGCAGUGAUCGCGAGGAUGUCGAGCUGAAGAUUCGCGCGACCGGUGUUCCAAGACCCAGUGUAGAGUGGCUGAAGAAUGGCGAGAUCAUUAACGAAGAUGAGCGGUAUCAGGUGACGACUCACGUGGACGGCAUAGUAGACAGUAUGUUUUCUAUCAAGACCUUUUCUGCCAACGACGCUGGCACGAUAACGUGCAGAGCGAGCAAUGUCGCCGGCAGCGCGGAGACUAGUUGCAAAUUAUCCAUGAUGUUAACCGCGCCUUCAUUCGGUAAACAAUUACCAAGAUCGGCGGAGGUCGACGAGGGCGAGCCUUUGGAGCUGAAGGCCAAGGUGGAUGGCAGUCCAAUACCCAACGUCGCCUGGUUCAAAGACGGCGAGAGAAUCAUGCCGGAUGAUCACGUGAAAAUCAGCACCUUGCCGGACGGCACCACGAAGCUUACGAUUGACGUUGUGAAACCCACGGAUUGCGGCGCUUACAAGCUCGUGGUUACAAAUUCUAGCGGCGAGAAUUCGUCGCUUUGCGCCGUCGCUGUCACGCCCGAACGAAGGAAGCCAUCGUUUACGAAGCCGCUGAAGGACACAAAAACUGUGGUCGGACAGCCAUUGAAACUGGAAGCUCAAGUAUUGGCAUUCCCGAAUCCGCAGAUACAAUGGUUCAAAGACGGCAUACCAUUGAGGCACACGAAGGAGAUGUACUUCAUGAACGAGCCUAACGGCCUCAUCGGACUGAGAAUGGACUAUGUUCGUCCAGAAGACGCGGGAACCUAUUCGCUAAUUGUAUCUAAUGCGCUCGGUGAGAUCACGGGUACGGCCAAGGUAGAAGUGGAAGAAAGAGAGAAGAGGCCAGAGUUUGUCGUGAGUCUUCAACCGCAGACCGUCGUUGAGGGCUUUCCGGUGAAGAUGGAAGUGAAAACUACUGGAAAACCGGUAGCUGAGCUCAAGUGGCUACGAAAUGACGAAGAUAUUGUCCCAGAUAACAAACAUAUCAAAAUCAUCACACAACCGGACGGUAGACAAACGCUGAUUAUUGACAAGGCGAUGCCGGAAGACGCUGGCGCAUACCAGGUGAUAGCCGGCAACACGGAGGGCACCGCGUCCUGUAAGGCCAAACUGGACGUUGCCGGCAAAGUAAGACCGGAUGUGCCGGAGGAAAAACCGGCAUUCAUCUGUCCUAUGCGCGAUGUGUCCGUUGAGGAGGGCCAGCCGUUGACACUAGACGUGUCAUUCGUCGGCAAUCCAAUCCCCGAUGUGAGCUGGACGAAAGACGGUGUGCCAGUCGAGCCAUCGGAACGCGUGACAAUGAGUUGCGACGGUAAAAAGGUCGGCUUACAAAUCAAUCCGUGCGAGUUCAAGGACGCGGGCGUCUACGGCUGCCAAUUGAGCAAUCCACUGGGCGAGGAUACCACUAACGCGAACGCCUUCGUCCGCAAGAUCUAUCAGUCGCCGACUUUUACUCAAAGAUUCACAGACCUGCAGCAGCUGCCCACGUACGAUGCCAAAUUCCCGGCGCGUGUUAUCGGCAUACCGCAGCCAGCGGUGACUUGGUACUUCAACGAUAAGCCGAUUUUAAGAGACAGCGAUAAAUACAAGAUCAAACGCGACGGCGACGCCUGCUGCUUGUAUGUGAAAGACUGUACGUACGACGAUUCUGGACGAUACCGGUGCAAGGCGGUUAACAAAGACGGCGAGGUGGAGUGCGUGGCGAACUUGUCCGUGGUUGACAAGAUCGAGAAGAUGCAGAAAGUCGAGCCACCAGCGUUCUUGAAGAGGAUUGGCGACUGCGAGAUUUACAGAGGCAUGCCGGCCAAGUUUACCGCAUGCGUCACGGGUUAUCCGGAACCCGAUUUCGAGUGGCAUCGCAACGGCGACAGACUCUGGCCUACCGAUCGCAUCAGAAUGGAUCAGGAAGGUAGUCUGCUGCGGCUCACAAUAGCCAAUGUGGAUGAGCUGGACGCCGGGAAAUACAUGCUGAAGAUAUCCAAUCCUCACGGCGAAGACUCGUGCAGCGCUGAAAUGGUUUACGAAUCUUUAGAGCCACGCGCGAAAAGGCCUCUCGUCGAUCAGUACACGGAUUACGACAAGUACCGGAAGUCCGGCAUUCCGCUGCCACUGGCGGACCGUCCAAUCAUCAGCCGAAUGAUGGAUCGACACCUCACCCUCUCGUGGAAGCCGUCCAUUCCGAUUGGGCCGCGCGUGCCUGUCACCUAUCUGGUGGAAAUGUGCGAGCUGCCGGACGGCGACUGGUUCACCGCCCGCAGCGGCGUACGCAGUUGCGUCUGCGACAUACGCAAUCUCGAGCCGUUUCGCGACUACAAGUUUCGCAUCCGCGUAGAGAACAAGUAUGGCAUAAGUGAUCCGUCGCCAUUCGCGCAGACCUACCGCGCCAAAUUAGAACCGGAACCGCCCAAGUUCUUCCCGUAUCUGCCACCUGGCAUCGAUUUUCGUCCCGAAACCAGUCCCUACUUCCCGAAAGACUUUGAUAUCGAGCGACCGCCGCACGACGGCUAUGCCCAAGCGCCCAGAUUCCUGCGUCAGGAGUACGAUACUCAGUAUGGCGUAAAGAAUCACAAUUGCAAUCUCUUCUGGUUCGUCUACGGCUAUCCGAAACCAAGGAUGACGUAUUACUUCAACGAUCAGCUGAUCGAAUCAGGCGGCCGAUACGAUCAGAGUUAUACGAGGAAUGGCCAGGCGACUCUCUUCAUCAACCGGAUGCUCGAGAGGGACGAAGGUGUCUACGAGGCUGUCGCCACGAACGAACACGGUGAAGCCAGGCAGAGGGUUAUUUUGAAAAUCGCCGAAUAUCCCACAUUUAUUGAGAGACCUGAUGAAACCAUCGUGAUGGUGAGAAGAACCGGUCAACUGACUGCUCGUGUAACUGGCGUGCCUUAUCCGGAAAUCAAAUGGUACAAGGACUGGAAAUUGAUAGCUUCAUCCUCCAGAAUUAAGAUUCAAUUCAUCGAACCCGACAUUACGACGCUCAUCAUCAACGAAGCUAUCACGAAGGACGAAGGUCUCUAUUCGAUCAGCGCAGGCAAUGUGGCAGGUUCGAUAUCCUGCUCGGUGAUGCUACACGUGGAGGAGAAUGAGCACGAAUACGGAUACAGAACGUAUAAGAAAAAAAUGGAUGUAAAACCACAUGAUAAACCGUUCGGCGACUUGUACGAUCUCGGCGACGAGCUCGGUCGCGGUACUCAAGGUGUGACUUAUCACACGGUUGAGCGAAGCACUGGAAGAAAUUAUGCAUCCAAAAUAAUGCACGGACGUGGCGAUCUCAAGCCAUUCAUGUACAAUGAAAUGGAAGCGAUGAACAAUCUCCAUCAUCGCAAGUUACUGCGAUUGCACGACGCUUUCGAGACUAACGAUUCAGUCACACUCGUUAUGGAACUGGCGGCCGGUGGUGAAUUAGCAGACACUCUUAUGAGACAAGAAUACUACACCGAAAUAGACAUUGCUCGCUACAUACGACAAUUAUUAUGGGGAUUGGAAUAUAUGCACGGAAACCAUUACGCACAUCUCGGCUUGACGCUUGGCGAUCUUCUGAUUUCUCAUGCUGGAGGAGAUGACCUGAAGAUCGGAGAUUUCGGACUUGCCCGCCGAAUUUCGCACACAAGAUUAAUGACUUUGGCUUAUGGUAUGCCGGAAUAUGUCGCGCCGGAAGUGACAAACAACGAGGGUGUCAGUUACGCUGCCGACAUGUGGUCCGUUGGUAUAAUUACUUACAUUUUGCUCUCUGGUAUUUCACCGUUCAGAGGUGCGAACGAUAGAGAGACAUUGAGAAAGAUUAGAGAAGGUAAAUGGGACUUCGACGAUCGAUGGAGAAACAUUUCGAACGAGGCGCAAGACUUUAUUCGCAGUUUAUUAGUGUACAAUGUGGACAAAAGAAUGGAUAUUACGGCCGCUUUGGCUCAUCCAUGGUUCAAUUACAUUGACAACUCGCCGCCAGAGCCCUACAGGAUACCUUCCGAGAAUUUGAAAAACUAUUAUAAACUUUAUUGCGAUUGGUAUAACAAUGCUUCGUGCCGUACGUGGUAUCGCAGACGCAAGCUGGAGACUGCGUUUGAGGAUCCAUCGCGAAUGGUAUAUCCACCCGGACAUAAAUUCACGCCUGAACCAAGCCUCGACAGAAAUCACAGCCCAUUAAAGAAACGUUCGCCCAGGACGUGGGAAAAUCAAAUACCAUCCAGAGAGCCGAUUGACACGGAAAUUGGAAUUAUUACAAGCGAAAGCCAUUAUCAAAACGGCCCAGACACGUAUCUUCUCCAAUUGCGAGACACAGAUUUCCCUGUACGAUUACGCGAAUACAUGAAGGUCGCGUGCAAUCGCAGCCCCGGAUUUUCACGCUCUAUUACCGAAGACAACGGCUUUGAUUGGAGAGCACCCAUUAUACGGGAACGUCGUCGAUUUACGGACGUAAUGGACGAGGAAAUUGACGACGAAAGAAGAGCACGUAUCAAUCGAUACGGAUCUGAUGGCAAUUUCACGCUUAGACGGUUGAAAAAUGAGCUAGGCACUCGAUUGGACAGCUAUGCCGAAGCUGAAGCUAUAAUCGAGUCAAAGAAAGAGGGUCAGCCUCCGUUCUUCCGCGAAAAACCGCAAAUUUGUCCAAUCGAAGAGGGAAAACCGGCGCAUCUUACCUGUCUAGCUGUAGGAAAUCCAAAACCACUGAUACAAUGGUUCAAGAACGAUAUCGUCAUACAGGAGAAUAAUAGGAUUAAAGUGACGGAGGAUACAGAGGGCAGAUCUAUUCUAAACUUCAACCCCACGAAAGAACACGAUAUCGGAAUAUAUAAGGUCGCAGCGAGAAAUCCUAUAGGGCAGACGAUUGUCAGAACGAGGGUAUUACUGGCAACUGUUCCUUUCGGUCCAGAUUCUCCAGAGGCUUCCGACAUUUCGGAUACCGAAGUACUCUUACGAUGGAAGCAGCCAAAGUAUGACGGCAAUUCGCCCGUACUAUGCUACAAUCUCCAAUAUAAGGAAGGCGACUCAAUCGCCUGGAUAGAUGUCGGCUUCAACAUCGACCAUGAAUUCUACCUGGUACGCGAUCUAAAGCAGGACACGAGCUACAAUUUCCGCCUAGCAGCGCGCAAUCGCAUCGGCUGGAGUGAAAAGGGCAUCCCGUCGAAGCUGAUUAAGACGCGGCCGCCGGGUUGCCCGAAAGUGCAGAUCACACGAGCGAUGAGGCAUCUCCAGGAAUUGACCGAGGCUGGCCAGGAGAUCAUCCUUGAAGAGGACAAGCCGCACAUCGAUUACUCCAUAGAAGAACGUCCGAUCGAAUGGUCGACGGAGCCGCAGCUGUCCACCAAAUACACCUUUAUUUCGGAGCUAUCGCGCGGCCAGUUCUCCGCGGUGGUAAAGGGCGUGGACAAGAACACGGAUUGCGUGAUUGUCGCCAAGAUUCUGGAGCUGGACGCCGAGACAGAGGACCAGGUGAAUCAAGAAUAUCAAGUGUUGCGCAGAUUGCGGCACGAGAGGAUAGCGAUGUUGGAGGCGGCGUAUAAGGCAUCCGGCUGCCCGAUAGCGAUAUUUAUAAUGGAAAAGCUCCAAGGCGCCGACAUUCUCACGUACUUCUCCAGCCGACACGAGUACACAGAGAAUUGUGUAGCGAACGCCGUCACGCAGAUUCUUGACGGUCUGCAGUACCUUCACUGGCGUGGUUAUUGUCAUCUGGACAUCCAGCCAGACAACGUGGUGAUGUCGACCGUGAGAUCGGUGCAGGUGAAGUUGGUUGACAUGGGCUCUGCCCAUCGAGUUAGCAAGCUGGGUACUACAGUAUCUAAAGAUCUGGGCCAUCCUGAGUAUAGAUCACCUGAGUUGUAUAACGACGAGCCAGUAUAUCCACAAACAGAUAUUUGGAUGGUCGGUGUGUUAAUUUAUGUAUUGCUGUCCGGAGUCUCUCCCUUCCGCGGCAAGGAUAUAGAAGAAACCAGACAGAACAUAUCCUUCGUCAGAUACAGAUUCGAAUAUCUCUAUAAAGAGUUGAGUCAAGAAGCCACCAGAUUCCUCAUGUUAGUCUUCAAACGCGCGCCAAGUAAAAGACCAAUAGCGGAGGAGUGCCACGACCAUAGGUGGUUAUUGCCAACCGAUUAUAUGAUCAAGAAACGCGAGAGAGCUCUGUUCCUGGGCAACAGACUGAAAGAGUAUAAUGAAAAAUAUCAUGAAGAAAAGUCAAAACUAUCUUCCGAAAGCGACAUCCUAGCAAGCGAGAGUUUGUUAGGCUCCAAACAAAGGCUCAUUAGAUCGACUAGUAUACAGGAAGAGCUGCGGACUACGAUCUAACAAUUGUGUUGCGAUCUUUUAUAUAUAUUUACAUACAUAUACACACACACACAUACACACGCGCGCGCGCACAUACACACAUGCAAAUGUACGUGCUAGCCAGUCUCCGGAGAGCAAACAAGUAUGAUAAAAAAAGCGAGAAAUAUAUAAGGAGCAGUCGUCUCUUCUUGUUUUCUUUUUUGUUAUUAUUUAUUUGUUACAACUUGUAAUUAUAACAAAGAUCGUUGUCGUCCGAUUGCCGACGUUUUAUCAACGUAAUUUCGUCGGUGAUCAAGUAACAUUAUUAAGCCGUCUGUUAACUCAAGUAUAAUAAACAUGGUCUACACAUUUAAAUAAAACAAAAACAAAACACAACUCGAAUUUUUUGAAAUUUAGCAAAAAAUGUCGAUUACGCGUUAUAUUCGAAUGUUAUAAAUAAAUAUUUGAAAAAACUU